AUGGAUUUCCUUUCAACUGUGGCAAACAUUUUCGAUGGUGACUGCCCGGUCUCCUUCGGCACAAAAAAGGACAUUGGUCAGGAGCGCCAAUUCGUACUAUCGGAGUACAUUGUCGAAGUGGGUAUGUGGUUAGAUGAAAAGCUUAACGAGCACAGUUUUGAACCACUCCCAUCAAACGAACCGACGGAUGGACGACUGGGGCCCCGGCGCACCGUAUUCGACGUGACGGAUGACGGAUCGAUACUCAUUUCUAAGGAUAGGCUGACGCUCCAGUCACAGAAUGCUUUCUCCACGGUUAAGGCAAACUGUUGCGUUUACGGUGGCCGAUGGAUGUACGAGGUCCAGUUACGCUCGAAAGGUGUUAUGCAGAUUGGAUGGUGCUCAGCUCAUUGCAAAUUCACACAGGACACUGGUGUUGGAGACACACGGUACAGUUAUGGGUUGGAUGGCAGUAAACAAAGGAUUUGGCAUGUCUACACCCAAAAAUAUGGCCCAUUCUGGCGUUCGGGUGAUAUUUUCGGUGUCUGCGUGGACAUGGACGUAGGCCGUAUCGAAUAUUAUCGCAACGGUGCUCCUCUCGGAGAAGCUUUUAAGGACAUCGAACGUGGUCCGGGGUUGGCUCUGUAUCCUGCGGUUUCGCUUGCGUAUAACGACAGCCUUACUGCAAACUUUGGUGGAUCCCCGUUUAAGCAUCCGGUUGAUCGGUACAAACCGCUACAGGAAGCGCCGAAUGUGGCGUUGUACCAGGCAGAAUGUCUGCUCAAGUAUCUCGUGAACCUUUCCGGUGCUAUCUCUCAACAUGCUCGAAUAAGCGGUGCAAACCAGAAGACGAGUAGUACACAAAAUGCAUCGGUUGUGACGCCUGAAACGAUGUACAUGCUGUUAGCGUCUUGUCUCAUCGAGAGAAUCGCUCCACUCCUAGGAAAUUCGUAUGUGGUGGAGGACAAAGUCUUUAGCUACAUCCGGGGGUUGUGCGUGCUGCGAAGUAACACUGGAGGCAAAAACGAAGCGCCAACCCAGCCCGGCUCCCCGGAAAGCACCCUGGGAACGUUUUUCACAUUGCUGUGGACGUAUCUGGAGCAGGAUGAGAUGAAACUGUUCCUGAAAAAAUUGCUCAACUAUCUUGCUAAUACGUACAAAGAAACACCUGUCGACUUAGAGUAUGAAAAGCAGCGUAAAAUAAUCGUCAUUCUCACAUGCAUCUGUAAUCAUCCGGCAACGCGCAAGUAUCUGCUUGAAUACAAAUUUUUCAAGAAAAACUGCCUGCCACUGUUUCUCUACACGAAACCUCCCGACGAAUCCACAUUGGAGCAGUUGUUGCCGGACGAUCACAUCUGGACGGAAGGACUCGGAGGCUGCAAGGAGACAUACCUGGUUGCCUGCGAGCGGCUAAAGGCACACACUACGGUAUUGUACACGUUACAAAAAAAUCUCAUUCAAAUUUUGAUGAGCAACGGCGAUGGUAACGAAACAAAUUCACCCAGUAGUAGAAGAAUAUUCGUGGAGAAGGUUCGAAAGUUUGUCAUGGAGAACAAUGUAGAAUUGCGGGGUUUAUAUUCCUCGACGACGCAACCCGCCAUUGGGCUAUCAUUUCUGUGCACACUUUUAGACGUAGCCAAAACGCUAUGGGAAGAAGAAUGUGUUCAUCCUGAUUCCACCGAUAAAACGAUUCCCCCCACGAUUGAUUGCCAGUACUUUUACGACGGAACGUUCAAGUAUUCCAAUCUGGAUCGCAUUGGUGGUGUGCUGUCGUAUUUGCGGAAGCAUUUUCGGUCACAGCUGAUAGAAAAGCUCGGCGCAGAUCACCCGAGCGUUGCGUCUGGUGAACACGCAAGUGAUUUGCGUAGUGAAAUUGCGGCGUUCAAUGUAUUUCUGGAUUCGGCCAUGUUUCUCGUUUCCGGAGGACCCAAUACUGCCUAUUCGCUUGUUUCGCGAGCAUCUAACAGCAUGCCGGAUCGUCAUCAACAAGCUCAGCACAGUGUUGGCGCAGGUGUCGAUGAAACAGGCACUAGCACUGCCAUCUCCGGGCAGCCUUCACCGAAAUGUACACGCCCGUUUGGUUGCGGACCUUUAGACUCUUACCGUACCGUCUGUGAACUGAUCGAUUGUUGCGUGAUAUUCUAUAAUGCCGUGGCGCACAAGUACGUCGUGAUGAUUGCUGAUUUGCGCGACAACAUAACGCACUUGUCCGAUAUUCUAAUCGAAACGAAAAGCAACUGUGACGAGGUUAUGCACAAUUUGGAGGAAUUGAAGCGUUGUUUAAUAUCGGGAACUUCUUCCAACGAGCAACAAAAAUCGCACGAAGAAUUAUUGCAUGAACUGGAGGCUCGUUUUGGCCAGCGUAAAAGUAUAUUUGCGAAACGUUCAAUGGAAUUGGCUCGAAAACAAGCGUGGUAUCGAUCAGUGGCACUAGGGUCACACCGGCGCGGAUUGUUAUGCUGGUUGCUCGGAAUAAUAUUUGAAACUCUGCAUACGUUCAGCACCGAAGCGAUACUGUUUGCAUUCCUUCCGGAGACGUAUAUCAACGUGACGCCUAUUCUACUUGACACGGUAUUGGAUUUCAGCUUCCAUGACACUGCCAUUCAACACGACCUCACCGGGGAUGCCAAACUGAUCCGAUCGGCGGCCAAUUUUCUCGCCAAACAUCUAGCCGACUCGCGUGUUAUCCUUGCGUCCUGUAAGGAUGCGCUAAUUCAGGCCUUGGGCUCGUUAACCUGUCACGAGGCGGGCAUUCGUUCUUUGGAAGAAGCUUCUACCGAAAACCAGGAUGCUCUCGUUCGUGCGCUACUUCGUGCGUACGAAAAUCGAGCCUGGGGACAGAGCAAUUGGCUGCUGCUGCGUUUUUGGCUCGGCGAUGGUUUCGCUUAUCGGGAAUCGCGCCCACCGUGUGUUUGGCAAGCGAAAGAAGACGCUGCAACCGCACCACGGUCGCUUGGGUUGUACAGAAGCCGGGCAAAGAAUGGAGCCCACACCGGACUGUUACACUUGAUUGCGCCUGCCUGUCCGUCGAAGCACUUUCAGCGGUUGAUUAGCGAAACUUUAAGCAAAGACGAACCAUACUGCACGUCGUUUCUGAAUUCGGUACUUUCGCAAUUGAACUGGGCAUUCUCGGAAUUUAUUCAUAUUCUGCAAGAUAUUCAAAACAUAUCUCAGCGUGACGAGCAGCUGGUGAUCGAAACGAAGCAACUUAAAAUCUGCUCAAUGUGCUUUGAACUGACUGUUUCGCUGAUGCGCGCCCUAGAAAUGAUCGUUACAAUAACGCCCAGCCUGCUGCAGGAUGCAUCCCGCCCAAACAGUGAAAUCAUUCUCAGCCGAAUUUGUCAAUUGGCGAUUCAGGUACUGUCACGGGUGACCGUUCCGCCGGGAUGUUUCCAGCAUGUGAUGGAUCUCUGCCUACCGGAUCUCAGUAACGUGACGCAUUUUGCAAUCAUAAGUGCGGCUAUCGGCAUGCUGCUAGCGCUAAUGCGCCAUGAACUAGGCAGUUCGACGGAAUGCAUUACAAAAAUACCGCGCAUCUCGAAGUAUUUGCUGACGGACACGAGCUUUCACAUCGCUAGUUUGGAGUAUGCGCUGGGAGAGGUUAAAACGCCUAUCACAAACAGCAGUGGUGAGGCACCAAGGGGCAAUUUCGAUCCUAUGAUGCGAGCCCACAUUGAUCCGCUCACGAACGAGGUUCGAGUGCCAUCGCCUUUCCGGCGAGCCGGAGGGGUAUCAGUCGGUGUGAAAGAGAUAAUUCCCGAUCCCCCGAUUAUUAAGUUCAAUAUGGCAGACUUUCCGCAUCACGUUUUCCCGGAAGAAAUUAGGCAGAUUGAGCGGUUGAUUGAAAUUUUGCAGCUCCGGCAAACACUGCUCUCAGAGAUAACGAUCCUGUCAGAGGAUUCACUGUGUCCAAUCUGCUACGCAAAAUCAAACUCCGCCGCUUUCGAUCCAUGCCAGCACCAAUCGUGCGAGACGUGUAUUAUGCAGCAUCUGAUGAAUAGCAAGCAGUGCUUUUACUGUAAAAUGCUCAUCACUCGUGUCACACGUCACGAUGGCGUAACGAUCUACGAAGCAGCCAAUACGCCGCCAGCCAUUCCUUCAUCAGCACGCAUGGGAGUCUCGCCAAUGGUGCUGACGUCGUCUACACCAACUCCGACAAUCAUUACAACGCUGGAGGAAACCGAAUCAACUGCAGAAGCAUCCGAAUCUCUCACUACGAAUAGCACGCUGGAUCUCGAUGAGUUUGAUGGACCGAGUGGCAGUGCAACGUGA